AUGGCCUAUGCAUAUUACUACGACUACCCUCCCCCUUUGGUGGACAACGCCCAUGAGCGCCACCAUCAACAUCAAUCUCUUGUUCAAUACCUUGCGCGCCGUCACCCUCGGCCAGAAGACCACCCGAAUCAGCCCGACCUGGACUUCCGUGACGCCAUCAAGGAAUACCUCAUCGAGGUGGAAGUUCCGGGGAUCAGGAAGCCCGACGAAAUCACCGUCAGCUGGACCGGUCAUCGGGCUUUGGUCCUCACGGGGAAGGUCGAAAGACCGGACUACGGCACACCGGAGAACGCGAAGGUCGAGGAAGAACAACCCGAACAUUCUGCUGGAGGUGUUCACUUGCUUGUAGGAGAGAGGAGGGUUGGUCCGUUUAGGAGGUAUAUCAACUUCCCGACAGAUGUGGAGAAUGUAAGUGUUACGUUGGAAGCGGGAUUGUUGAAGAUCAGGGCUCCGAAGAAGGGAUUCUCAGAGGUGGCGAAGGCAAAGGUGGAUGUCAAGCAUGAGUGA